AUGGUCCCCGGCAAGGCCGCCGUCACGGCCCUCGCCGAGGCCGAGGCGAAGUGGCGCGAGCGCUACCAGUACGAGGUCAAGACGUCCGUCACUGUUGGCACGCCGAGGUCCGAGACGUUUGACGAGCACGAGAGAUGCAAUCCCACGAUCAACCGACGAGCCCCGGGGGGGGGAGUACACACGGGCCUCCGUCGAGGCGGCGAGGGAAAAACCGAAAUUUCGCCUUGGGCUAACGUCUUCGGAAGAAAAGCCUUCAACACGGGAGGCCCGACGGACGGCUUCAUCCACAUUGACGGCCCGGCUGGCCAGCUGGCCUCCGGAAGGGCGGAGGAGGAAGGAACGGCGUGGUGGGCGGGCGAACGAAAAGGGCCCAGCAGGUACAACACGCCCCCAAGAAACUUCGGUCGGCCUUCUUGCGGGGACAAGAUAUUCGUGGAUGUGCGGGGCGGGGGUAUUCCUUCAAGGCGUGUUGACCCUCAGUCCUGA